AUGACUGACCGAAGACGAGUUUUGGGGCCUGCUGACGCGGUGCCAUUCACCCUGGACAACAUCAAGCCGACCGAGGUUGAGCAGAAAAGCCUGGAUAUCGGCAGCAUCUUCGUCAAGACCGGAGUGGUCGAAAACGCAAACGGAUCGGCCUACUUGGAGCUGGAUGAUAUCAAAAUUGUGGCCAUUGUCCAUGGUCCUCGACCUAUGAGAGGUCUGUUCACAACAUCGGCCAUCCUGAACGUGGACACAAAAUUUCUCCCUGUCUCUCUCUGCGAUAUUGAGAGUAAGAGUGCUGUGGUUAGCUCCACCCAGCUGACCCAAUACAUUCGAUCUGCCAGCACCACACAGAGCUCUUCUCUGCAGAAGAACGUUUCAUCGUACGUCCACACCUCUCUCCUGCCCAGCAUAUUGGUCGAGAAGUACCCCAAGUCCACCAUCGAUGUCAGCAUAUCAGUUCUGUCUUCUUCCAAUAAUACCAAGACCACCGUGGCUGCCGCAGUUUCGUGCGCUGGCGCCGCUCUGGCCGAUUCCGGUCUCGAGUGCACCGAUAUUGUGACAGCAGGAAGUGUGCUGCUCGAUGAGAACAAGGCAACUGUGUCGCCCUCAAGAGCACCUACCAGCGAGAUUGACGGAGUAGUAUCCUACAUGGCAGCAAGCAAGAAGAUUGUGGGCAUGUGGAUUGAAGGCGGUAACGUGAGCGAGAAGCAGAUGGAGGAGAUUUUCGACAAGACCGAGGAGAUGGCCCGGGAGAUCAGAGGAGUCAUGCAUGGAGUUUUGUUGGAGCAAUAA